AUGGAAGUCUCAAAGGAAGCAUUAUUUGAGGAAUUUGAGAACUAUUCCUAUACCUUAGAAUACUACUCACCGGAGUCUGCUUCAGAGGAGAAGACGCAUCUGGGAAUUGUUCACUGGGUCUCACUGCUGUUGUAUGUCCUAGCAUUUGUUCUGGGAAUUCCAGGAAAUGCCAUUGUCAUCUGGCUCAUGGGAUUUAAGUGGAAGAAGACAGUCACUACUCUCUGGUUCCUCAAUCUGGCCAUUGCAGAUUUCAUUUUCGUUCUCUUCCUGCCCCUGUAUGUCUCCUAUGUGGCCUUGAGUUUCCACUGGCCUUUUGGCCUGUGGCUCUGCAAGGCUAAUUCCUUCAUUGCCCAGCUGAACAUGUUUUCCAGUGUUUUCUUCCUGACAGUGAUCAGCCUGGACCACUAUUUCUGCUUGAUCCAUCCUGUCUCAUCUCAGCGGCACCGAACGCUAAAGAACUCACUGGUCGUUGUUCUAUCUGUCUGGCUUUUGGCUUUCCUGCUUGGAGGUCCUAGCCUGUACUUCCGCGACACUGUGGAAGUCAAUAACCACAUCAUUUGUUAUAACAAUUUCCAGGAGCAUGGCCAUGACCUCACCUUGAUAAGACACCACGUUCUGACCUGGGUUAAAUUCCUUUUUGGCUACCUUUUCCCUCUGCUGACAAUGAGCUUCUGCUAUUUGUGUCUCAUCUUCAAGGUGAAGAAGCGAAGCCUCCCCAUGUCCCGUAAGCAUUUCUGGACAGUCCUGUCUGUAGUCAUUGCCUUCGUGGUCUGCUGGACUCCUUAUCACCUCUUUAGUCUUUGGGAACUCACCAUCUACCACGACAGCUCUUUCCAGCACGUGCUGCAUCAGGCAGUCCCUGUCUCUACUGGCUUGGCUUUCCUCAAUAGUUGCCUGAAUCCCAUCCUCUACGUUCUAAUUAGCAAGAAGUUCCAAGCCCACUUCCGGGUCUCUGUUGCUGAGGUACUAAAGCAUUCGUUGUGGGAAGUCAACGGCCCUGGCACAGCCAGUGAACAGCUCAAGAGCCUGUCUUCCCUAGAAACAGACCGUGUUCCCAGAAACCAGCAUGGAUUCUUCACGUGA